AAAUGCAAAUGUUCAAAUUAUUACUAUUAUUACAUAGAAAUCAUUCCACCGAAUUUUUCCAUUUGUGAAAUGAAUUUAAGUAAAAAUUGAUAAGUUUCAUUCACGUGGAUUAUCAUCCAUCAUCGAUUUCGUUGUUUGGAUCAUUACUUAUUAAAUUAAAGAGUUCCUCGGUUUGUGUUCGUUUCAUCUCCCUUUAGUGGAGGAGAAAUUCAUUUUCUCCAACACACUGCGGGCAUUGUUGCAGUACAGACAGUAUUAGAUUGAAUAACCCUGGGGGGAUUUACAGUCUGGACCUUUUUUCUACAAAAUAUUUUUUAACUAAUAUCUGAAAUUUUGGAUUCUUCUUUUCAGUUUGAUUCUGCGAGGAAUUAAAAAAUACUUGUUUUUUUUAUUAUUAUUAGUGUAAGGAUCGAUCUUUUAUAGCAAACAUAAUUUUUAAGUUAGGUUUUCCUUUCUUUGUCAAAGAUGUUUAAUUUAGCUUCAUCGUCAUUAUUAAAGAUGGUAAUGUUUGUAGAGCAAAUAUUGAUAUGCAGUAGAAUCAUCUUUUGAGCUCGCCGUUCGGAUCCAUUCCUAACUGCAAAUGGAAGAUCCAGACCUACAUUUUUUUUUUUGGGAAAAGAAGUUACGUUAAUGUAGAUACUUUAAAAUGUCUCGAAAUUCUAUUCUAUUUAUUUGUAAAAUUACUCGAAACUAAGAACCUAAUUGUUUCUAGUAACCUAAAUUUUAGAAACCGGAGACCUUUAAAAAGUGGAUCACUUUUUAAAUGAUGUCUUACAAUGAUCCAAACUUUGAAAAGAUCUAUUCACUUUUGAUUUUAAAAAAUCGAAUUUGAGUUUUUAAUAUAGGAAAUUAGAACUAAUAUACUUUGGAAUUAUAUUUUGAUUUUUUUUUAUUGAGGUCACACGAUGAGCUUGUGCUACUCGUAACCUUCUUACAUAUCUGAACUAGAUCAGGGUGUCUCGUCGUGGAUGUCAUUCCCGGUUUUAUCUUCCUCAUUAGAUGGAUUAAAGACGACAUUUAUUAUAUCCAGACGGUAAAAUGACAUCAGUCACAAGCCAUUCCAAACAAAAUUUUACAGCAGAUAAUUAGUCUCCUUCGAUGAUACAUUUCUACUAAUAAGAUCUGCGUGGGUGGAUGAAGAAAGGGUCUUUGUCCUAUUAGUAUCGAUCCUGCUGUUCUGAGAUUUUUAGCUUGCUGAUUUAAUUCUGAGGGAGGAAGUAUAAAAAUCAAAUGUUUUGCAUAUUUGAAUGAUGCAUUUUGUAAUAAUCUUUUUUGAUUAUCAAUUCAGUUCCGAUUUGAAAGGUAAACUUAUUGAAUAUCGUUCCUUGAAUUUAUCAGCUGACAUAUUAAAAAAAUUAUUUUAAUAUUUAUAUUUAAAUUUAUUAUUAUUAUUUGAUCUGUUUUUAAAGAUUGAAUUAUCAUAAGUUGACUGAGAACUCUCAAGAGGCCAAUAGUGGGUAUUUUUUAGGGAAUUUUUAUUCUAAAAAAACACUGUUUCAAAGACUCCCUAUCCAAACAUUUUACGGAUUAUUUUUAACUUUAGUAAGCUUAUAAUGGGCAAUGUUGUUAGUUUUUUAUAUAGGAUAGAGAGAAGUGUAACCGUAAAUCCAAAUUUAGUGAGUUUCAUCCCUUACACCACUAGUUACAAUAAUUUCUGAAUUAAUUGAUGGAACUAGCAUGUUAUAGUCGUCUUUUUUGUACUUUCAUAAAAACAGAGCUGAUAUUAAAUUUAUUCGGGUUUUGAUAUAUAAGCUUAUGUCUAUACCCAAUUUUAGAAUGGAAAAUCGAUAUGUUGCAGCAAUAACUAUACCAGCGGACAAUGGUAUGUCAAUGACUCCUGAAUUUUUAAAUCUUUCUGGGCUGAUUCUAAUAUAUUUGAUCGAUGCGUGUUAUUUUGAACACCAGCUCCGAAGGGAUGUAGAAUAUUCUAUAGUAUGAAGUAUUUUUCGAUCAGUCGGAUCGAACUUGAUCGAUCGAAGCCUUUAGGGUAUACGGUCGGUUUUUUAAGAAACUCGUAACCUUAUCUUAAAAAUAGUUCUAAUGGAAUCAUGAUGUUCGGUGUUACAUCCGGCAGGUGAAUCGAACGGGGUCGGGACAGAAGUAGAAUAUCUUCUAGUUAUCGAAGCGUGCAGAGGCCAAUGAUAAUCAGUGGACUGUAACAUCAACCGACUUGGCAUCGAACACCUGCAUCUUAUAGUUGCCACUUGAAAACAAUCCACGAUAAGCAUUAGCAUGGAAAACGGCCAGAAUGGAUGUUUCCUUUUUUUAUGCUCGAACCUAGACCUACAUAAAACGGUCGUUUUAAAACCAUCGGGUUUUUCAACUUGUUAAAAGAAACCAGUUUUGUAGCUGUGUUGACCUUUCCUUCUUUCUUCAUAUCCUCCUGACCGGUGUCGCCACAAAUUUCUGAACCUGUCUGGUUCUUUCGCCCUUCAUUAUCAUCUUCAAACAUACAUGCCUAGAUUUAUUGCUAAACUCCCUUUAUAUAUCUGUGGUCCACAAUGGCUGACAGUGAAAAGCAUUUGGAUAAUAGCUCAACUGGUGUAAACAGUUUAUCACCUGAAUCUCCUGAAGGUUGUUCUUUACCUAGUACAUCUAUCUCUUUGGAUUUUGAUCCCAUGAGUUUUAAAUUUAAAGAAUCUUCCCCUAUUGCAUCACCUACUGAUGAAAAAGUAACAAAUGGAUUAAAUAGCCCAAAUAAUGGUGUCCAAGGAACUCCACUUGAUUUGGAUUAUUUUGAAACCCUUAAUACAACUAACCAGGAUAGAUCAUUAAUUGAUGGACCUACUAAUCAACCUGAUAUAAUAAGCUCCUCUGUAUUGAAAGAUCAAGAUAGUAGUAUAGAUUUUCAAGACAGUGGUCCUCAUUCACCAAAUAAUGAAUUAUUGUUAGUCUCUGCUUCCACCAUUUCUUCAGAGCCUAAUGCCACUGUCUCAACAGAAUCAGUUACUUUUAGUAGUACAGAAAUUGGAACAAAAUGCACAUUAACAUCAGUAACAAACAAAUAUUCCUUGAUUGAUCUUAAUGAAGAAAACCAGGAAGAAUUAUGCAAUACUGAUAUGCACGAUAAUUCUGCACAGCAUGAAUCUUCUGAAAUAACUAAGAGUGAUGAUAACUUUUAUCUUUCAUCAUCUGAUGCUUUAGAAUCAGAUUAUUUGACUCAAGACAAAACUUCUACUAGUUUUGAAGAUACUGAAGAAAACAUGAUUAGAAAGGUUAAAGAAGUUAAAACUUCAUUCUCUGAAAAAGUUUCAUCUGAAUAUCAUCAAAUGAAUGGGAGUCUACUUAAUUCAAGGAAUGCAGAAUUUACUGGUGAUGAAGGCUCACUUGAAUGUCCUGUUUCAGUAGCAAAAUUGAGAUCACAAUAUGUUAACCAUGCUGAACAAGCUAUUUCACAAUCUCCACCUAAAGAAAUUAUUGAUACAGGCAUUGAUUUUGAAUCAUUGAAAACAAGUUAUACUCAACAUGCACAAGAGCACAGAUCCAUCUCCCCUAAUCGUGAAGCAAUUGCUACUGGAAUAGAUAUAAACACUCUAAAAAGUAGCCUCAUCAAACCACAAGAUGUAGCUGUAUCAAAAGGCCAAGAGGUGAUUGAAACUGGCAUAUCAGUUAAAUCUUUGAAAUCAAGUUUUAACCAAUCACAAGAUUUUCAAAGUACCCCAGUUGAAGAAGUAAAAUUAUCAAUUGACAAAGAUCAAUUAACACGUAAAUUUAGUCAGAAAAGUAGCCUCAUCAAACCACAAGAUGUAGCUGUAUCAAAAGGCCAAGAGGUGAUUGAAACUGGCAUAUCAGUUAAAUCUUUGGUGCAAAUUAUGAAUUUGUUUGGAAAUUAUUUUUGCAUCAAAAUUUUUCUUUUGCAAGUUUCCAAAGUAGAUGAUGAUUUGGAUUCUCCUCAAGGUGUUUCAAAAAAACAUGAAUUGAUAAUCAGUGAAAGUACUCCUGUGGAAUUGCCACCAGAUGUAAUACGAUCUGAUACUAAAGCUGCAGAUGGUUUGGAAAAGAUACCAGAUUUGAGUAAUAUAAGAUCAUGGUUUGAAUCACCUCAGGAACAACAACAGCAACACUCUCUCUCUGAUUCUACGUUACAAAGAUCGGAAAGCAUUCUUGCUCGAAUGGCUAAAUAUCAGUCUGCUGUCUCAGGUGAACAGGAGAAUGGUCAUUUGAGUGCUAAUGAAGAUGAAUGUGAUGAUGUUAAGAUAGUUAAAAGUAAAGAAAAGGUAUCAUUUUCUGAAAUGUCCACUUUGAAAAGUCAGUGGGAAUCUGGCUCAGUUACUGUUUCUAAGGAUGAAAAUGUGGAACAAAAAGAAGAAUUAAGUAAACUUAGAAAACAGUUUUCUCAUGGAUCAGGAAAAGUUAAAACCAUAUAUGAAAAGGCUUGUCAACAAACUUCAAAGACAUCUGUUCGAACAGAAACUGAAAUAGAAGUUGGAGAAGAUAUUUCUGCCAAACUUAUAAAGGAGAAGUUUGAGAAAGGUGUAGUUAAAAAUGACAUUGAAGUAGAAAAACAAGAGAAAGUGCGUAAAGAAAAGGAAGAAGAUUUAAGCAUUUUCUCAGAAGGAGCUGCACAUGAUGCACGAAAUUUAUUUAAACAAAUUGAUGCUGCUGGAGCCAAAGUUCCUUUACCUUUAGCCAAAUCUCCUAAUAAAUCUCCAGGUAAUGAACCAAGAAGGACUCGUGAAAUACAGUAUUUUAGUCCAACUUCACCAGUAGAAACAGAAUUGAUAAAAUGUUCAGAUACUUCCAAAGAAGUUAUAGAAAGUAUAGAAGUAUCAAAACGUUUCAAAUUUUUUGAAAACUACAAAGAAACUUCGUCCAGUACUAGGGAUGGUGACACUGAUAAAGAAAUUCCACGUGAUCCAAAUAUCAUACGAUCUUCUGAUGUUGUAGAUGACAUUCCGGUCACAGAUACUACUCGUCGCAUGCUGGACAAAUUUAAAGCUCUAGAAAGCUCUGUUCCUGAAACUAUUACUCCUGUUGCUCCUAAACCAGUAAAACGUAUUGCACCAAAAGACUUUAUAAAAGUUGAAGAUAAUGAACCAGUAUGUGAACAAGAAAGAGAUCCAAACAUAAUUAAAGCUAGCUAUAAAUGUGAUGAUGAUAUUAUAAUAGAAGCUGAUAAAGCUAAAAGUUUAAAAGCAAAGUUUGAAAAUUGGGAAAGCGAAGUUAUUCGAGAAAAUAAAAAGAAUGAAGAUGAAGAUCAUCUACCCCAAGCUGAUAUUGCCAAGAAUUUGCGGGCCAAGUUCGAAUCAAUUAAAGGCGAACCUACAACCACAAUAGAAAAACCAAAAUCAAAGGUUAACCGUUUCAUUCAAGAACAAUCCUCAGCAAGUAUGGAAGUCUGCGACAUCUGUGGAAGGAGAUUAUAUCCAAUGGAGAAAAUGGAAACUAGCGGACAAAAACUUCAUAAAAAUUGUUUCAGAUGUGCUCACUGCAGUUGUAUAUUGAGGUUAGAGAACUACACAACAAGUGGUGGUAAGCUUUAUUGCACUCCUCAUUUUAAGCAACUAUUCAUAUCUAGGGGAAAUUACGAUGAGGGUUUUGGCCGAGAACAACACAAAGAAAAAUGGAAUCGUAGUCGUUCCAAUACUCCAGUCCUAAGAGAUCUGAGUCAAAAUGGUGAUCCUUCCGAAUACACAAAUGGAGAAACAAAGUCAAUUUUACAAGGAACUUUUGAUCAGCAAGUUGUAGCUUGAAAUAUUAUUGAAGUGAAAUAUUCUUGUAAAAUUAAUUUUUGAACAAAAAAAAAUCUUUUCCUGUUGAUAACAUACUGUAUUUAUAUGCACAAGAGAUUUAAUUAC